CGUUGAUUUUUAGCUUGAAUUUAUUGCAGCGAUCUCGUCAUAUAUUUUAUAAAUCCAUCAUAAGAACAAAUCCGAACAUGAACUCCACGGCAUUUAACGAAUCUUAUGAUCCUAAUGGUAUGGACUUGGAGUUUGAGAGUUUCUUUGAACAAGUCAGCUGCUUUAUUGUGACUCAAUUGCCCUAUGAUAAGCGCUGUAGCUUCGUAAAGAAGGCCGCCAACUGCAACGAUAACACCAAUUUCGUGGCCUAUAUAAAAAUCAUGUUCUGCGACUAUAACUGCAAGAACAAGUUCCAGGAGCUGGUUUUCAUGAGUAUUCUGGUGCUGUUUUGCUUGGAGAUGGUUCUCUGGCUGGGCAUUGUGGUAAAUAUUUUCUACAGUCCGCCAUUGAAGGUAAUUUCACAGCUGUGCCACAUGAAUGAGCACUUGGCUGGCGUGACGUUCUUGGCAUUUGGCAAUAGCACGCCGAAUAUGCUGAGCGAUCUGUUUGAGUACGAGGACGAAGCGCCUGUCAUACCAGGUGUGAUGUCAGCGAGCUUGUUCAUUUCGAUGUUUACUGGUGGUCUUAUUUGCUAUCUUCGGCCAUUUAAAAUGAAUCAGCAUGCGACGGUGCGCGAUUUACUCUUCUUCUUAUUGGGCGCCACCACACUGGACUUCUUUAUGAGCAAUGAUAAUAUGCUAACCAAAACUGAGUGCUGGAUAAUGUUCUCCAUAUAUGGCACGUAUCUGAUUGUCAAUAUAGUCGAUGUGCAGCUCAUGCGCAAAGCUAUGAAGCGUAUAAUAAUUGAAAUCGAAGUGCUGGAACAUGAAAUGGAAACGCCAGCGAGACAGAAGAAGAUCAUGGCUUUACGUAAAAAGUAUAAAUAUUUUGCUGAGGAUGAGCGCGUGGACAUAUUGCAAACAGCUGCGGGUAGACUUAUCGAAUCAAAUGACGCGCAAUCGGAUAGUUCAAAAUUCACUUUUACCACAACUAGAGCGACAACUUAUCGGCGACAAAGCGUUAAUGUCGAAGCCAAUCGUACGCAUGCGGUUGAUCCCACAAAGUCCAAGAAUCAUCGUCUUUUCCGAGAGUUCUUCGAAUCCAUCAAUCCCAUUGAUUGUCACAAAUGGCGUAGAGAAGGCAUUUUUAUACGCACCUUCUACAUUGCCCAAGCACCCAUCAUGUUCAUCUGUGCUCUCUACAUACCCGUGGUGGACUACGAAAGGCCCAAGCAUGGCUGGAGUAAGCUGCUCAAUUGCUUACAAAUUGUGCUGAAUCCAGCACUGACGCUCACUGUGGGUCAAGUGUUUAUAUUUCGCAAAAAGACAACAAUCUGGUACAAGAGAGUGCUGUACACUUAUAAAUACGGCGCCUACUCCUGCGUCAUAACCGUACCGGUUGCCAUUAUUGUCUUUAUCCAAUCGCGCACCAAUGUUCCGCCGUACUAUCACUGGGUGUUCACCAUUAUGAACAUAAGUGGCUGCUUGUGCAUGAUAUAUCAAAGUGCUGCCGAGAUUGCAGUUAUUCUGGAUAUCAUUGGCGGCAUAUUGGAAGUUCCAAGUGAUUUUAUGGCCAUCACAGUGGGUUCCAUGACCAAUGGACUGAGUGAUUUGGUUACCAAUGUUGUCAUGGCCCUGCAUGGCUAUGAAAAAAUGGCAUAUGCCGCCGCUAUUGGUAGCUCGUUUUUCAAUAUGAUUAUUAGCACUUCGCUGCUGUAUGUUAUUAAGAACUACACGGGCUAUUCAGUGACAUUGUUCACUAAGUAUGGCAUUAAUGCGUAUACGUUCCUCCUACUCGGCCUCGCCAUGACGGUUUUCUGGGCAUAUAUGUUAAACUUUCAGGCGCGUCGUUCCGUUGGCAUUUUCUGCAUGGCCAUCUACGCUAUGUUUCUAUUGUUUACUGUGCUCAUAGAGAAAAGCUUUAUACACUCCUACAGCAAGGAUCCUAUUAUCGAUGAUACGUACAGUGGUAAAUAGCCAAGACUCUGUUGUAUAACAAAAUUUUUCAUAAUUUCGUGUAUUUGUUUUGCUUUUAUUUGCAAAUAAAGUUUAAUGCAUU